AUGAGUGUGAGAAGGACACAUGCCGGCAGACGUUCUCGGUCGUCGAUCCGCUUCCUCUCCUCUUCCAACCAGUCCGUUCGUUCGCACCUCCUUCUCCUCGUCGUCCCAGUUCAUGCGCACACCGGCACGCUUCCCCUCGCUCACCGCAUGAAACUCACCCUCCGUCCAGAAUGGCGCCUGCGCCCGCUCACCUCCUUCCUCGGUGUCCUUGAUCUCAAGACAGGCGUCACCAUCGCCCUCCUCUUCGCCGUCCUCAACAAGGUCGCAGGCGUGUACGGUCUCGUCGCCGUCCUCACAGGCGCAGGCGGCUCCGCAGCCCAGCUCAGUCUCUACAUCUACUCCGUCAUCGGCCUCACCGCCCUCGUCUGGGGCCUCAAAGCCAUCACAAAGGAGGACCCGAAGCACAGCCUCUACUUCGCGCACCUCUUUUUCGCCGACCACGUCGUCUCCACCGCCUGGCUCGUCUUCUUCGCCGUCCUCUGGUGGGUCUACACCCCGCACGAUGGCCGCCGCCAGGCCAACUCGGACGCCCAGCGCGAGAUGAUGAACUCGGGUGCUCCGGUCGGCGGAAGCCGCAACAUGACCGAGCUCGAGCGCGUGGACGCCGCCAUGGCCAUCUGGGACGAAGAGAAGGGCCGUGCCACCGCCGUCAUCGUCCUAGGUUGGCUCGCCAAGUUCUACUUUGCCGCCCUGCUUUAUUCGUAUGCGAUACUUCUCCGAAAAGGCACAUACCGCUCCCUAUCCCACUCGCGCCCCGUCAUCGCCGGAACGCUCGCCGCUAUCGGCUCGCUCCCGGAUGAGGAGGACGAGGAGAUCGAGGACUUCUACCGCCUCCCCGUCCGUAUUCCCCAGCACAGCCCGCUCCCCAGUCUGAGCCAGUCCAGCGCACCAGGCGCCUCCAUCUCCAGUUACGGCGACUUUAUCAGUGCCCCGCCUGUGGGCCGCCGCACGCGGCCUGCGCCAGGCAAGUCGAGCCUCAGCGUAAGCCAUAGCGCUGUGAAGAGCGCAGGCGCGGACACUGCGGAUGACGUGGAUGAAGUCCUGUUCGACGAGGAUGAGCUCGCCGGGCCGGGCUCGGUCAACGGGCGCGAGGAGAGUGCGAGCACGAGCGGCGAUUCGCACGAUGGCAGCAGCAUCAGCGCGAGCCAGAGCAGGAACCCCAGCAGAAGACAUAGCGGGAGCAGAGUGUGA